AUGGAUGGUUCUUCUGGGCUGUCAGCGGGCUCAAGCGCAUAUGUCCCAAGAUUAGACAUGGAUCCUCCCACAUCAAGCACAAAUGUUGAUAGUCCUUGCUCAAGGUUACUUCUCCUUGGCGAUGCAGACACGCUGCUAUAUAUUGAUCCUCCCCCACAGAAACCAUGCGCCUCAGUCUUGCCACGCUCACCUGGGUCCAUCCCCCACCGUAUCCAUAGCCAGAAACUUCUGGAUACUGGCUCUGAUUACUUUAAGGACCUCUUCCAGCCAAGAGCUCAAGCUCGGGCCAUCAGUCGCCGCGGACUCGAAGGCAAGCUUACAAAUGGGAUUAAAUACGUUAUUGAUAUCACUCCUCCUACGGUGGAAGACGAUGCUGUCAUAUUUCUCACAGAGUUGUCGUGCCCUCUAGGGAUCAGGAACUGGGACAACACUACCACAGCUUGGUGGGAUUUAGCCCCUGCCCGCGUUGGUGGUGAAGAUCAAUUCGAACCACCAGAAAGCAAGCUAGAGAGUACAUCUGCCUCAAUCGUCACCAGUUCAAAUGCUUAUGGAAGCAAGCCAGAUCUUCCUGUGGAAUACUCGGUAGCUCGACACCAUAGAGGUAUUGAGCACAUUAUAUAUGCUUUGGAAGGGUUCUCACCCAAGCUCGACACCCCCUGCGAGUUCUGGACCUUCUUCGCACUGGCUAGGCUGUUCGGAGUAUCCACUGUGCCAAGAAUUAGCGAUAUCAUAUUAUCCUGGUUUUACGACCCGAAAAAUGCUCGUCUCAUAGAAUACCACCCCGAGAUUGCGUACAAAAUCGCCUGUGGGGUACAACAUGACUAUCUUUGCCGUGACUCAUUUUCGGUCCUUGUUGGGGAGGAGGCACUGCUUCUAUUAGCGAAUUCAGAUCAACCACCUUUACAAGGUAGACCGCAAUGGACCUUUCAUGAGCGUUUCCGGGAGCCAUUGUUGGACGAUGGCGAGCUCCAACGGAUAGAAUAUGCAAGCAAAAGCUUUCUAGAAUAUGUUAUUGGUCGAUUCAUCGAUCUAGCAGGCUCUGAGAUGAAAUGGCUUUUCGAAUUGCCAAGCUUUCUGCACCUAUCGAAGUUCACCCCAGAAACAUAUUGGGAGGAAAUUCUCAUGACCGAACUCAUCCUAACCUGCAAGGAGUAUGUUCGAGCACGUAUCGUGCAAUGGUUGGAGAGGCAAAACGGUAUUUGUUUACCACCAGUGAUCGGGAGUUUGGGUAAGGAUCGCUCGAUACACUAUAAGUACGUUUAUAGCUCAAUGCGCUACCCAGAGCGUGUAUUGGCUAGGACAUUCUGGAAGAACCUCAUGAAUGAACCAUUUACUGGAAGCCACUUCCCAGAUAUUAAGGAGUCGUUUUGGGAUUCUACCAUUGCUAGCUUGGGAAAUUGGGUACCAGCUUUCAGGACCCAUGCCGAUGCGAAAAUCAGACCGGUGACACGAAGUGAGCUAUGUGGGAUGGUGGGUAAAUUCAACUCUUUUGUGAACCACCAAAUUCCCAAUUACCAAACACAACCAGGGUACCCCUGGGAUAUGGAGGACGACUGUGACCCAGAGACCUGGUUACGCGGAUUACAAUCAAACAGUAAAGGCCCAUUCAAACUGGACAUGUUCAUUUCAGAUGUACAGCUAUAUGUGGCCAAGCACGCAUGUGAGAUGUUUGACCUGGGUAGAGGCUCGACCGAGAGAACCGACACUGUUACCUGUCUGACCGAAACUGAACUCAAAUAUCUACCAUUAUGGGCAGGGGGAAAUGAUGAUGGAACAGGAGGAGUCUUCAUGGACCAAGAUAUCCCCUUCUUAGAAACAGGAGGUUUCUCUGCACCGGGUCCGGAUGUCCACUUGAGUAGUGCAGCGUCAACCGCCGGUUCAAUCUCGAUCAUCAGCGCUAAAGAAAUAGAGAGUACCGUCCAAGGUGCUUCUCACGGGGCCACUGAUGGUUAUAUAACGGAAGCCAUGUCUAUACAAUCAAUGGCUGCUAGUUCUCAGAGAGACAAGAGUGGGGGCAGCAAUCACCAGGAGCCAGCAUCACUUGAAGGCCACGAAGCAGUUGACGACUGCUACUUCCUGUUGAAUUCGUCAGCUGACGGCGACGAUAAUUUUUCUCUCGAUUUUGACAGCGAUGGCGACAACACUGUCGUUAUGGACACCACUUGA